AUGUACGGCGAGAGACCCGUGAUCUUCGGCGGCGUGCCGGAUGUGCUCUUCCUGAUCCUGAGCAUGGGCGAUGCAUCAACCAUCCCCGUGCUGUGUCUCCUCAACAAGGCUACCUACGAAACCAUCAAAUCCCAUGAGGCAUUUCUAUGCACAUCGUACCUGCGACUCCACGAUUUUAAUCCGCCCUUGGACAAAAUCCUCACCAUGGACCCAUACACCGGCCAUAGAGCGCCGCUCAGUUUUGUCAAUUUGCAGAAAUUCGUGUUUCGAAGGCAGACGGMCCUGAUGUUAGCUUCGCGGGUUGCUCGCUCGGGUUGGGGCGCUUGGUGGGCGAUCAAAGGUGGUGCCGGGGAGAUGGAUGCAGAGGCAGAGAUGUUUCGACAACGCGUGGAAAGGGGAUUGUACGUCAUGUUUCACAUGUCGGAUAUCGCCCGAGACGUCGAGCGGAUCAAGUUACGACCGCAUAGAGUUGCGUGCAGCAUUUAUCGAGUCUUAUUGUUGAACUGGCUGCCUUGCGUACGAUUCGAGGCAACGGGAAACUCUCGCAAUUGGUGGUUCCCUCGACACAUGUCCCAUAUCUAUGUGGUUUUAUUACGAAUGACGCAGCAGCGCGAAAUUGGAAAGCAGAGAUGGCGAUUUCGCCAAAUGCUUGAUCUCGAAAGACGGGUCGAUUUUCACAUUGCGUUACAAAUGUUGCGCCAGUUUUUGGAGACCAUCAUCUUCGCGCAUUGUCCAGAUGACGACGCGAGUAUCAGCAGUUUAGGUAGCGAGGACGUCGACAUCACGAACUGGUUUCUCCUUCGACAAGGCGCACAUUCACUGGAAGAGAUAUUCCUUGAGCUCCCCGAUCGAGACUGUUGCAGCAUCGAAGAUCGUGCCCGGAAACAGCAAGAUGGCGUGCCGCCUGUAUGCGACUACUCCGAAGCGUUGAAGGAAUACUGGGAUGCGCGCAAUGGCGACGAAACUGUUGACUGCAAACAGUGCGAAGCGUGGCUGAGAAGUUCGAGUACGCAGAGCAUCCUCAACGACUUUUUCGGGUUACAUGCGCUCGAUCUCGGCAAGGAGUGGGUUCGACAGAUGCGCGGAGAAGGCGAGCUUUUUGAAGGAUAA